AUGCCUGGGAGGAAUUUCACGGUAGUGACGGAAUUCCUCUUGACGGUGUUCGCUGACCAUCCCGCCUGGGGGCUUCCGCUCUUCGCGGUCUUUCUGGCUUUCUACCUGCUCACUCUGCUGGGGAACUGUGGAAUGAUCCUCCUGAUCCGCCAGGAUCGCCGGCUGCACACCCCCAUGUACUUCUUCCUCGGCCACCUCGCCCUCGUGGACAUCUGCUACUCGUCCACCGUCGUCCCCCAGGCGCUGGUGGUCCUGCUGGAACGCGGCGUGGUCCUCUGCAGGGCGCGCUGUGCCGCCCAGUUCUUCCUCUUCACCUUCUUCGCGUCCAUGGACUGCUACCUCCUGGCGAUCAUGGCCUACGACCGCUGCGUGGCCGUGUGCCGCCCCCUGCUCUAUGUGGCCAUCGUGACCGAGAAGGCCCGCUGGGUUCUGGUCGCGGCGGCGUACGCGGCGGGCUUCUCCAGCGCCUUCAUUCGAACGGUCACCGCCUUCACGCUCUCCUUUUGCGGGAGCAACCAGAUCGACUUUAUUUUCUGUGACCUCCCGCCUCUGCUAAAGCUCUCGUGUGGGGACAGCUACACCCAGGAGGUGGUGAUCAUUGUGUUCGCCGUUUUAGUUAUGCCCGCUUGUAUCCUGGUCAUCUCGGUUUCCUAUCUGUUCAUCGUCCUGGCCGUCGUGCGGAUGCGCUCCCCCGCGGGCCGGACCAAGACCUUCUCCACCUGCGCCUCCCACCUCGCUGCUGUGGCGCUCUUCUUUGGGACGCUCAUCUUCAUGUACCUGCGGGACAACGCGGGCCAGUCCUCGGAGGCCGACCGGGUGGUGUCCGUGCUCUACACGGCGGUGAGCCCAAUGCUGAACCCUCUCAUCUACAGCCUGCGGAACAAGGAGGUCAUGGAGGCGGUCCUGAAAUCCUUGGGCCGAUCGAAGGUGUCCAGAAAGUUCUAG